CAUAUAAUGCGCAAGAAAACAAAAGACGCUCUUCUUGUGUGUGUGUGUGUGUGUUGAAUGCAAUUUGGGAAUUGCCAUGGGGACGAUGGAGGAUCUUCCAGCUUCGGUGUUGGCGGAAAUUCUGAGUCGUUUUACGGACACGACGGAUGUGGCGCGGUGCAGGGUGGUUUCGAAGAGCCUAAACGCGGCGUCGUACGAGGUUCGGUGGUUGAACCUGGUGUGUUCCAUGUCCCGCUACCUCAAGUCUCGUUCGCCGGAGACCAAGCACCUCGUCACCCCCUUCAAGACCGUCAUUACGAACCUCGUGCGCCGCUCCGGCAACCUCGAAUCCGUGUCGCUCGGCGUUGACCGCGCCCUUGGCGGCGUCUCCUUCGACGACGUCGAAGACGAGGCCGACGAUCUCUACCUCACCGAUAUGAACUUCAUCAGAGAGUGGCUUCCUUCUGUUUCCGACGCUCUCAAAUCCUUCUCCGUCUCCGAUUUCUGGGUCCAGUCUUGUUGGCGCCGAUCCGAAGCUCUAUCGCUCAUCUCUUCCACGUGUCGUAAUCUUGUGAAAUUGGUUGUGAGGAACGCGUGGUUAUCCGUGGAUGGUUUGUGUUUGAUGCCAACGCUGACAUAUUUGACCCUUGAGUUUGUGAGACUAGAUGAUGAGGACUUAAGCAGGAUUAAUGCCUGUUUCCCUAACUUGACACAACUCAAUCUUAUUGGGGUUGGUGGACUAAAGGAGCCUAAGAUUAAUCUCUUACACCUCACCACUUGUCAAUGGUCAGUCUCAAAUGCUCCACUUUCUUUGAUUAUAUGUGCACCUUGCCUUGUUGAUUUUGAUCUCAGAUGCAUCAAACCAAGGUUGGUUGUCCUUGAAGCCCCUUCCCUGUCCAAUUUUAGUCUAUCCCUUGAGAAUACUGAUGAGCUCAGGUUGAAAAAUUGUGCUAAUAUACAAUGCCUUCAGCUUAGUGUAGAAUGCCUUUCUCUUGGUUUUUUGUUUAGCAUGUUUCGCCAUUGCAGCACGGUGAAGAGACUUACCUUGGAUUUGGUGGGAAGAACAGAACAGGUUGAUGUGGCAGAGUUUGGGAUUGAUACUUUGUUGGUUUGUUUUCCAAACAUAACAUAUCUUAAUUUAGGUCCUAGAGCUUGGCGUGUGAUGGAGAAUUCUUUCAGCCGAGGAGGUUUGGAAGAUGGAAUUGGGAUGAAGAUGAUAAAAGAACUUAUUGCACAUCUAAUGGUCCAUGAAAUGGGGGUUACCCUUACCCUUGCAUUUAUUUCCUCUGUUUUGGAUAAAAGCACCGAAUUAUCUGAUGUUUCACUGCUCAUCCACCGUAAUGUUGAUUCAUAUGUUGCUGGCAGCCUGAUCUCUGCGUGCAGAAGCAAAUUCCCAAGAGUUAGAUGGAGAUGGGGAAUAUGGGAAGAAGGAAUCAAAGAUACUUGGUUCUCUGAUGGCAUCUAGUUCAGAGACUGCUUUCUUGUUUAUGGAACAGGUAGUCGUCUUUGAUUUGCCGUAUUAUAGGUUUAUGAAUAGACAAGUGGUGUGAAGGACAUUGGCAGAUUUUAAAUAUGUUUUGUUGAAGCAACUCCAAGAAGGACGAAUAAAAAUCAGAUGUUAAACUACACAAAAUAUUGAUAAAAAAUACUUCCCAGAUGUAUUGGCAAACUAGAGAAAGUUGGAAGAAACUAGAUGAGGGGUCAGAAAGGGGAGUAUGAACUAUGGUUGCAUUGGUAUCAGGAAAAGUUUUUCCAAACUGCGUUGGCAAAGUGGAUGCAAUUGGAAGAAACCAGACAAUUCAUCACUCAUCAUAAAAAGCAUUAUUCUUUGGAUUUGUGUAUGAACUGUGGGUCAGCAUUGCAAAAUAUCAUGACAAUAGUUAACUGUCUGGAAGAAGCCACCUUGUGGAUAGUUGUUUCUUUCCUCAAAUUUCUUUGUAUAGAUCUUUAGGCAUUGUUGUUGUAUUUCUUUGUAUAGAUCUUUGUCUUGCUCUUGUUUUAGCACAUGUAUAUUUUUGCAUUAUUCAUCCCCCUUGUUUCAUUACUUGUAUAUUUGGAGAUCUAUUAAAAAAAUAAAUAUUUAUUUUAUGUAGCA